AUGGACCCGACAGAUCUGGUAUGGGCAGGUUGCUGCGGCCGCCUCUGCUGUGCGCCCAGCGCAUGUGAAGAACAGGCCCACAGCGGACCCGCGGAUGCAACGAGGACGGUGGGAACCUCCGCGCACGCCGCAACCCACGCUGAGGCGAGGGACAUAGCGGUGGGCGGCACCAAUGGGUGGACGUUCCAGAUCAGCAGCUGGAAGCCCAACCCGCCUGCGAAAGCAGGCGACGUGCUCGUGUUCAAGUGGAUGGGCAAGCACGACGUGUGGCAGAUGAACGGUGCCGCGGCGUACAGGGGCUGCAACUUUGGGGCGGCUAAGAAGCUGACACCCCAGACCAUGGGCGGCAAGUACAGGUUCAAGGUGCCGAACACAGCCAAGGGCAAGACCCUGUACUUCAGCUGUUCAGUGAUGUCCCACUGCCAGGGCAUGAUGAAAGUGGCCCUCACUGCAGCAAGGCGUGAGCUCACUGCAGCAAGGCGUGAGCUCACUGCAGCAAGGCGUGAGCUCACUUCAGCAAGGCGUGAGCUCACUGCAGCAAGGCGUGAGCUCACUGCAGCAACGCGUGAGCUCACUGCAGCAAGGCGUGAGCUCACUGCAGCAACGCGUGAGCUCACUGCAGCAAGGCGUGAGCUCACUGCAGCAAGGCGUGAGCUCACUGCAGCAAGGCGUGAGCUCACUGCAGCAAGGCGUGAGCUCACUGCAGCAAGGCGUGAGCUCACUGCAGCAACGCGUGAGCUCACUGCAGCAAGGCGUGAGCUCACUGCAGCAACGCGUGAGCUCACUGCAGCAACGCGUGAGCUCACUGCAGCAAGGCGUGAGCUCACUGCAGCAACGCGUGAGCUCACUGCAGCAAGGCGUGAGCUCACUGCAGCAAAGCGUGAGCUCACUGCAGCGAGGCGGCAGCGCGUAAGGCGGCAGCGCGCAAGGCGGCAGCGCCUAAGGCGCCAGCGCGGAAGGCGCCAGCGCGGUAGGCGCCAGCGCGGUAGGCGCCAGCGCGCGAGGCGCCAGCGCGGUAGGCGCCAGCGCGCAAGGCGCAGCGCGGUAGGCGCCAGCGUGCAAGGCGCCAGCGCGCUAGGCGCCAGCGCGCAAGGCGCCAGCGCGCAAGGCGCAGCGUGCAAGGCGCCAGCGCGCAAGGUGCAGGCCCGCAAGGCGCCAGCGCGCAAGGCGCCAGCGCGCUAG